UCUUUAAUGUUGAUUUUUCGAUAGUAUAUUUAAUUAAAAUGUGAUGGAUUAAUUUUAUAUUCCGAUACUUGUACGAAUAGUAUUUACGUGCUUAUAUAAAUUUAGUGAUAUCAUUUUUUAAAGUUUGUUAAAAUCUAAUUCUUGUCACCAUGUCUCCCCCAAUAAAAGGUUUAUCACAAGAUUGUAAAGAUUCCUUGUCACAUCAAUUGCAGAAAUUUAUUUCAUCUGAUACAAUGUCUUAUACAUUUCCAUCUUCAUUGACAUCAGAAGAACGUAAAUUCUUGCAUUUAAAAAGUGCUGAACUUGGAUUAAAAUCUAAAAGCUAUGGAAAACCUGGUCAUCGAUCAAUAACUAUUAAAAUGGAUAAAAAAAAAGUCAAUAGUAAAGUUUGUAGUAUAGAGGUCUCCGCAGCUUCAAAUAAUAUAAUGAAAACAAUUUGUGAUCAUGUUCCUAUUACUAAACAAAUGUAUGAUGAGUUACUUCCUAAUCCUAUGAAACCAUAUCGACGAAUGGCAGUGGCCAAUUGUAAACGUAAUCUUCCUCUCAUGUGUGAUAAGCCUAUGUCCAUACCUCGUUUUGCUGUAGAUGAAGAUUUAUUAUUAACAAGGAAGGCUUUACCAAUAUGGGCAAAAAAAGGACAGAUAACUAAUGCAAUUGAGAAUAAUACUGUUGUAAUCAUUACAGCUGAGACCGGAUCUGGAAAAACUACUCAAAUUCCACAAUUUAUAAUUGAUGAUAGUGCUGUAAAAAAAAAACCAUGCCGGGUUAUAUGUUGUCAACCAAGAAGAAUUGCAGCUAUAUCAAUGGCUGAUAGAGUGUCUAAUGAACGUGGUGAAAGUAUUGGAAUGAGUACUGGAUAUCAAGUUAGACUUGAAAGCUGUGUCAGUCAAGACACAACAAUUAUAUAUUGCACUACUGGUGUUUUGACAAGGACACUUAUGGAUCGGCAUCAAAAAGACAAUGAACCUAACAAAGGAAUGUUGAUGAAUGUUUCUCAUGUUAUAGUAGAUGAAGUUCAUGAGCGUGAUAAACAUGUAGACUUUCUUCUUAUAGCAUUGCGUAUGAUUUUACCAAAAUAUAAUCAUUUGAAACUUAUUUUAAUGUCAGCUACUGCAGAUAUACAAUUGUUUUCAAAUUAUUUUGAUAACUGUCCGGUAUUGAAAGUGGAAGGUAAAAUUUUCCCUGUGCAGAAUUAUUUUUUGGAAGACAUUUUAGACGUAAUUAAAUAUGAGUCUCCAGCAAUGACAAGAAUAAAAAAUAAAACUAAAAUUGGUUAUUGGGAUAAUGAUAUUGUUGAAAGAACUGUUGAAGCUGUCCAGAAUAUGAAUCUUAUUGAACCAAUUACUACAUUGAUGCCUGAUCAAGAAUGGUUAAAAUCAGAAUUAGAUGAUUGUAUGCACCAAAUUUGGUUCAAUGCUGAAAUUGAGCAAAUUGAUAGGAUGAUUUAUUAUAUUAUGUCGGAAGGAAUUCCAGUAGAUUAUCAACAUUCAGAUACUGGUGUAACUUUAUUGAUGCUUGUAGCAGUUCAUGGAUUGAAUGAUUAUGUUACUACAUUAUUAAACAUGGGUGCUAACCCAAACAUACGAACAAGGGUAUACAAUAUGGAUGCAGCUACUUGGGCAGCAGAAUUUAAUCAAUUUGAUACUAGAGAUUUGAUUAUUAAUAACAAAAGUAUUGCGCAAUCAGAUAUCCAGAAAAAUGAAAAUUUGGAUGAAGUAGAAAUUAGAGAAAGACUAGAACUAUAUAAAAAAAGUUUACCCCCUAAUAUUAUAAUUGAUGCCUAUUUAAUUACCUAUCUCAUAAAACAUAUAAUUUUAAAAAAAAAUGCUGGUUCUAUUUUAGUCUUUUUGCCAGGAUUUGAAGAUAUGUCUAUGGUUAAUAAAGUCAUUGUUGAAGAACUUAUUAAUAAAGAUAAUUUAAAAAUUACAAUUUAUAUGUUACAUUCUAUGAUGCAGACAUCCGAUCAACGCAGAGUUUUUCAACCAGCGCCUAAAGGUCAUCAAAAAGUUAUAUUAGCAACUAAUAUUGUUGAAACAAGUGUUACAAUCAAUGAUGUUGUAUAUGUGAUUGAUUCAGGGAGAGUAAAACAGAAAGGUUACAAUGCUUUUAAUGGUAUUAGUUGUAUGAAUGUAAAUUGGAUAUCCCAAAGUUGUGCAAAACAAAGAGCUGGUCGUGCUGGAAGACUAUGUGCUGGAGAAUGUUAUCGUCUUUAUACAAGAGAACAUCAUUGUCACAUGGCAACUCAUGAUGUACCUGAAAUUCUUAGAAUGCCUUUACAAGAACUUUGCAUGUUAGCAAAAGUGAUUUCCAAUAAUAUGAGAGUAUUAGACUUUUUAGCUUUAGCUAUACAACCACCACCUACAUUAUCAGUUACGUCUGCUCUUGAAUAUCUUAAGACAAUAGAAGCAAUGGAUGUGAAUGAAGACUUAACAGAUCUUGGAUUUUUUAUGUUGGAUUUAUCUAUUGAAUCUCAUUAUGCUAAAUCCCUAGUAUUUGCUAUAUUUUUGAAAUGCCUUGAUCCUGUAUUAACUAUAAUCAGCUGUUUAGCUAAUAGAGAACCAUUUAACUUAACUCUUAAUGUAAAUAUGAAGACUUCAUUAGGAUCUAUUCGUAAGAAAUUAGCUGGUGAUUCAUUAAGUGAUCACAUAGUCCUUUUGCGUUUAUAUCAAGCUUUUAAUGAAGGAAAUAUGGUUGAUAGCGAGUUAUUUAACCUUGUUUCACAAUCAAUUAUGGGAUUAAUUACACAAACAAGAACUCAAUUAUUAGGUCAGUUACGAGCAUUAGAGCUAAUUCAGACUCGUGCUGGACCUAAUGAUAUAAGGGACGUAAAUAUUAACUCAAAUAAUUGGGCUGCUGUUAAAGCUUGUUUAUUAGCUGGAUUGUAUCCAAAUGUGGCUAAACUAGAUAAAUCUAAUCCAAGACCAGUUUUGAAAACUAAAACAGAAAAAAGUGUUAUUUACCAUGGAUCAAGUGUUUUACGUGAAAAUUAUGUCAAAGAUUUACCAUCAGAAUGGAUAAUAUUUGAAGAAUUAAGUUCUUUCAACACUAAAAAAUUUAUAAAAAACUGCACAGUAGUAUCUUCUAUGUCAAUAGCACUAUUUUCUAGUGCUAUGAGAUUACCUCAAGAUUCUGUUAAAACAGGGGUCAAAUUAAAUAAUCCUCAAAGAUUAGUUGAUACAGCUGACGAUGAUAGUGACAAUAGUGAUGAAGAAAGUGAAGACAAUUUAGGAACAUUAAAUUUGGAUGGUUGGACUAGUUUUGUUGGAAGUUCAGAUGAUAUUGCUAAAAUAUUAAACAUGCGAUUAUGUCUUACUUUAGCUUACCGAGAAUUUCUUAAAAAUAAAAUGAUCUCUCAACAUAGUUCCUUUAGUAGUGUUGUUCAAUCAGUAGUUAAAAUAUUAUCUAUCGAAGAUAAUGCUAUAGGGCUGGAGGCUCCAGAUGAUGUUGGUAAACGUCCGAAAGAAAAUAGUAAUAAAGGUCGUCAUAGCAAAAGUAAUGAUAGUUCUUCCUUUUCUUCUUUUCGCAAAUAUCCAUAUGGUCAACACUCUCAAAAUAAAAGUUUUACAGAUAGCAGCUUAAGUUUUAGAACAAGUAGAAAUAGUUAUAACAUGCCUAAUAAUAGAGGGACAACUAAUAGACAUUAUCAACAGAAUUAUUCAACUCCAAGUACAUCUCAGGUUAACAAUAACUAUAAAUGGUAAUGAUAAACACUUAAAUUUUAUUUAAAAACAGUAUUUUAUUGAAUAUAACUUAAUUACCACAUCAAAGCAAACUUUUAUCAAAACUAAUUUAUUCUUAUUUUAUUUAAGCAAAAUACUUUUGUUAUUUAGUUUCUUAAUUACAACAUAAUCUA